AUGCCCAAUUCAAUGAAAGACCCACUUAAUGAAAAACAGAGUGAGACAGGCACAAACGACCGACCAGAUUCUAUAAGGACAACUACUACAAUGAUGCCUGAGACAAAUUGGAACAGUAUUUACACAGCAAGUAUGCUUUCCUUUAUUGGAACAGUCCAAUUCUCACUUUAUUUCUCUUCAAUGUGGCCAUACGUACAAAUUAUUGACCGCUCAAUAAACGAAACAAUGUUUGGAUGGAUUAUAGCAAUAUACAGCGUUGGACAAAUAAUUUCUGCCCCAUUAUUCGGCUAUUGGAGUAACAAAAUUCAACAAGUCCGUCUUCCCCUUUUUGUUGGACUAGCACUUAUGUUUAUGGGAAAUCUUUGUUAUCUGAGCUUAGAAUUAACAACAAUACCCAAAUUAUAUAUUCUUUUAUUUGGAAGGUUUAUGACGGGGAUGGGCUCUGGGAAUGUUUGUUUAUUGAGAACAUAUGCCUCAACAGCCUCCACUAGCAAGGAUCGUUUAAGAGCUAUAGCUUUUGUCACUUGCGGGCAGGCGCUAGGUGCAACCAGUGGUCCCGCAUUCCAACUUUUAUUCACUUCAUUUACAUAUCCGGGCACUACACUCCUCGGACAUUUACGAUUUAAUUUGUUUACUGGACCUGCAUUUUUGGCUUGUACAAUGAAUUUAUUUGGUACAAUUAUUUUGCUAUUUAUUUUCAAAGAAGUAUAUGCGGGUCUGCACCAUGAAGAAUAUAAUAAAAUUGUUCGGGUUGAAAAUGGGGAAAGCAACAGAUCAGAAACAGCUACAACAAAGGCAAGUUUUACGAAAAUUGUAAAACUUGGCUCAGUAAAUUCUCUAACAUCUUCAUUGCCUUCAAAAUUACCCCCCUACGAUUUAAUUGCUUGUUUUGUUUGUUAUCUAAGUCGAUUUACCCAAAUGUUUGUCCAAACAAAUUUGGAAACAAUAGGAAGUCCUUUUUCUAUGACAAUGUUUGGAAUGACUGAACAAAAAUCCGUGGAAGUUAUUUCUAUUGCCCAAGCAUUGGUUGGGUCUAUAACUUUUGCUACUUAUAUUUUUUAUAUUUAUUUUAAAUCUUCGAAUAUGGAAUUAAAUUUCCGACUAAGUUGUAUUUUGUCUAUAUUAGGCCUUGGAGCUUUUCAUAUAGUUACUUUUCCGUGGCCUUUCCUUAGCAAUCCGCUACAAGUUUAUACAGAGAAAGAAAGACUUGCUUAUAAAGUCGAACAUUUACCUGCUGAUUUAGAACCUGUUGGGUGUAAUACAGAUAAAUUUGAUUGGUGUUACAACAUCGGGCAAGUAAAUGUUUGGAUAUAUUUUAUUUCUUAUGUUGUAUUUAUUGGAUUUGCAUUUCCAAUACUUAAUAUAGCCAUGAACACUUUAUUUUCUCAUAUAAUUGGACCUAGACGACAGGGAACACAACAAGGAUUUUUUCAAAUAUCUGGAAGUAUUGCUAGAAUGAUUGGACCUAUUGGGAUGAGCACAUUAUACACAAUGUACGGCCCUAGAAUGGCUUGGACAAUGGAAUUAUUAAUUAUUGGAACAACUACUCUUCUUUGGAUAAUUUUCUACAAAAGAAUGGUUCCAUUAUUGUCUUCUCCAUAUACUUCAAAUAGCACUAAAAGGAAAUUUACUGUUCAAAAUAUUUUUUGGAUUUCGUCCAUUAAGGGUUGAAGAGUCGAAAAUAUUUUUUAGAAAAUUUUUUUCAGUUUUUUAUUUUUUUUCUAGUCUUUUUUAUUUUUGUAUACAUCUAUUCUCCCUAUCUAACCCUACUUUUGCUCAUAAAAUUAAGCAAAAAUUGAAACCAUUUUUUUCUCAAAAUGCUGUCAGGUUGGAAAAACUAAAUAAACAAAGGUGCGUAGUUUUUCUUCUCUCCCGGGUCGAAUUUGAAUAUUUUAAUUGUUAUAUUUUUUUUAAAAAUCAAAAA